UCUUUUCCCCCUUUCUCACUUCUCUUUCCCCUUUCUCACUUCUUUUCCCUUUGCUCACUUCUUUUUCCCCCUCUUUAUUUCGCCCUUCUCCCCUCGCCCGGGACGGUCCCGUUCUCGCCAGCGAACUUAUGCAACGCCGCGUCCCGGCGCUGCCGCCGGGGGUGCCCCGAGCCCCCGCCCCGCGAUGCCGGGGGGGAACCGGCCGUGCCGGGGUCUCCCCGCCCCUCCCUCCCUCCCCUCCGCGUUUAUCUCCCGCUUUUUGCCGCGGUCCCGGCGUCCCCAGCCCCGCCGCGGAUCCUCUGCCCCGGGACAGGUCCCGGCCCGCGUCCCUGUCCCUUUUUCCCUUUUAAACUCUUAUCCAUUUCUAAUUAAAACGUCCCCGUCUGCUCGCUUUUAAAUUAAUUAUACUUCCCUCCUCUGGUACCUCCUUUUGAUUCCUAAUCCAAUUAUCUUUUUAAAUAAUUGCUUUAUCUCUCCCCAUCGCCGGGCGCUGCCGCUCUCGGCGCUCGCACCCAACUCGCCUUCUCUUCGCCUCGAUCCGAACCCGCGGCCGGACCCUUACUCUCCUCUUUCCGCUCUCUCCCCAGGCGGCGCGGCCUCGCCUCGGCGCGGGGCUCAAAACCCACCUUUGGUUUCCCGAUUUUCGUUGUCGUUUCAAUUUUUUGUUAUUUUUUCAUUUUCAUUUUUUUUCCUCCUCCUCUGCUUGCGAUCGCUUGAGGACCUCGUAGCGGUGACGGCGGGACGGAACGAAAAAACUCCUUUUACGCCGAUUUUGUGCUCUGUUUUUUACUUCUUGUUGGCUUUUAUUUUUUUAAUAUUAUUAUUUGCCACUUGUUUGGGGUUUUUUUCGGAAGGGUCUUUUUGCCGGGGCUUUUUUCCCCCCUUUUUCCCCUUCCCCGCCCCACGCAUUUGGUUGUUUUUUCUUGUUACCUGCGGGACUUUGGAGGACUCGCGCCCGGCUUUUAGCAUGAUGUCUUACCUUAAACAGCCCCCUUACGGCAUGAACGGGCUGGGGCUGACGGGCCCGGCCAUGGACCUGCUUCACCCCUCCGUGGGGUACCCGGCCACCCCUCGGAAGCAGCGGCGGGAGCGCACCACCUUCACCCGCUCGCAGCUGGACGUGCUGGAGGCUCUCUUCGCCAAGACCCGCUACCCCGACAUCUUCAUGCGGGAGGAAGUCGCCCUCAAGAUCAACCUUCCCGAAUCCCGAGUCCAGGUCUGGUUCAAGAACCGUCGUGCCAAGUGCCGGCAGCAGCAGCAGAGCGGCGGCGGGGCCAAGAGCCGCCCGGCCAAAAAGAAAUCCUCGCCCGCCCGCGAGAGCUCGGGCUCGGAGAGCAGCGGGCAGUUCACGCCGCCGGCAGCCGCCUCCAGCUCGGCCUCCUCCUCCUCCUCCAGCUCUGCCUCCUCGGCCCCGACGGGCGCCCCGGCCUCCCUCAGCACUCCGGCCUCGUCCAUCUGGAGCCCCGCGUCCAUCUCCCCCGGCGCGGCCCCGGCGGGGGUGUCGGUGCCCGACCCGCUGCCGCCCGCCGCCUCCUGCAUGCAGCGCGCGGGCGCCGCGCCCGCCUCCUACCCCGUGUCCUACGGCCAGGGCGGCGGCUACGGCCAGGGCUACCCCGCGCCGCCCUCCUCCUCCUACUUCGGCGGCGUGGAUUGCGGCUCCUACCUGGCGCCCAUGCACUCCCACCACCACCCCCACCAGCUCAGCCCCAUGGGCCCCUCCUCGGUGCCCGGCCACCACCACCACCACCCGCUGAGCCAGAGCUCGGGCCACCAUCACCACCACCAUCACCACCACCACCAGGGCUACGGCGGCACCGCGCUGCCCUUCAACUCCUCCGACUGCCUGGACUACAAGGAGCCCGCCGCCGCCGCUGCCGCCUCCUGGAAGCUCAACUUCAACUCCCCCGACUGCCUCGACUACAAGGACCAGGCGUCCUGGCGCUUCCAGGUCUUGUGAGGGACCCGCGACGGUCCCCGAGCCGCCGCCCCCGGGCAGGACUCGGCUCUCCCUCCUCUUCCUCUCCGAUGCCCCGGGGGGGGGGGUCCUGCCGUCCCCAUCUCUACUGACUGAUAUUUAUUUGCUUCCUGCACCCCUCCGGCGGGUUUAUUGUAAUUAUUAUUUUUUUAAAUGCGACAGAAAAGGAGUUUAAAAAUAACAACAAACCCAAUAAAAAUAAAAAGCCUCGCGUCUCCCCUGCUGCUCCCCGGCCAGAGGCAGAGGCUGGCUCCUGCCCUGCCGGUGCCCCCCAACUUUCUGCAGGGACCUGGGUGCGGAGCCCCCGGCUCGUGGGUCCCGUACAGCCUCUUGCCGCUGGCAGCGGUGGGAACGAUGUAAAUAUUGGUCCGUUCCAGUGACCGUGGUUAUUUUCGGUUGAUGCUGUUGGGUUGGCAUUUAUCUAGAGUCUUAACAUGGAACAGAACUUCCCUAAAAACGAACCUUUCCCCGUUUUGCAUCCUCUGUCCAUCUUCGAGGGAUGC